AUGGAGCGCCAUACACUCACCCUCCACAAUGCGCUCGCCCGCCGCGGUCACCGCGUGCACGUCUUCACUCCGGCCCCGUCGUCGAGUGAGCGACCACCGGAGCGGGGAGGGAGGGAGACAGGCCGCCCGCGGCUCCACUUCCUCUCCGGCGCCAAUUGGCGGUGCCACGAGGCGUGGAAGCUGUACGAGGCAGAGGCGGAGCGGGGUGGCCCAUUUGACGUGGUCCACUCGGAGAGCGUGGCGCUGUUACACCGCUGGGCGCGCGAUGUGCCCAACUUGGCCGUGUCGUGGCACGGUAUCUCCUUGGAGAUCCUGCACUCCGGCAUCUACCAGGACCUGGCUCGCGGCCCCGACGAGCCCAUGUCCCCGGGCUUCAACCGUAGCCUGGCCGAGUCCAUCUACGGGGUGUUGAACGAUAUCAGGUUCUUCCACGACUACGCCCACCACGUCGCCACCAGCGACAGCACCGGAGAGAUGCUGCGCGACGUCUACCAGAUUCCAUCAGGCCGAGUCCACGUCAUCCUCAACGGCGUCGACGACGACAAGUUCGCCCCCGAUGCCCAGCUCGGCGCCGCGUUCCGGAAGGAGAUCGGACUGCGGGGCGGCGCGGCCUUGGUCAUGGGCGUGGCGGGGAGGCUGGUCAAGGACAAUGGCCACCCCCUCCUCUUCGAAUCUUUCUCCAGGCUGGUGCCGAAGCAUCCGGACGUGUAUCUGGUGGUGGAAGGAUCGGGGCCGAGGGCGCAGCGGUACGCCGACCUCGGGACCAAUGUGGUAGCGCUCGGGCCGGCGCCGCCGUCGAAGCUGAAGGCGUUCUACAACUCGUUGGACGUGUUCUUGAACCCCACGCUGAGGCCGCAGGGACUGGACUUGACGUUGAUGGAGGCGAUGCAGUGCGGGAAGCCGGUGGCGACGACGAGGUUCCCGAGCAUCAAGGGGACGAUACUGGUGGACGAGGAGUUGGGGUACACGUUCUCGCCGAAUGUGGAGGCGUUGUCGGAGGUGUUGGAGAAGGUGGUGGGGGAAGGGAAGGCGAGGCUGGCGCAGAGGGGGACGGCGUGCAGGGAGUACGCCAAGUCCAUGUUCGUUGCCACCAAGAUGGCCUUGGCGUACGAAAGGUUGUUUCUGUGUCUGAAGAACGAGACACACUGCACGUACCCCUCGGCGUUUGAUGAGAGUCCUUUGUUGUAA